AUGACACCACUUUGUUUCGGUUUAAUUUUAUUAAAUUUUAACUUACUUCUGUGUCCCUCGGAACAUGAUACACGCAAGGAUCCUCAUAAGAAAGCUCAGUUCGUGUUCAAUUUUCAAAAGCAACGCAAGAAACUUAAAUACAAUGUCAACCAGUUAUCAAGUUCUAGAAAAAGGAGUUCCAAAUUCAAAGGACUAUCGAGUUUUUUUCAAAAAUGCAGCAGGAAUACCAAUAUCACCAUUGCACGACAUUCCUCUUUUUUCCAAUGAUAGCAAACAAAUUUAUAACAUGGUCGUUGAAGUUCCUCGAUGGACAAACGCGAAGAUGGAGAUUACAUUAGCUGAGCCAUUAAAUCCUAUUAAGCAAGAUGUUAAGAAAGACAAACUUCGUUAUGUCGCAAACAUCUUUCCUCAUCACGGUUACAUUUGGAAUUACGGAGCUUUACCGCAAACAUGGGAAUUUCCUGAACAUAUCGAUAAGGCAACCGGAUGUCGCGGUGACAAUGAUCCAAUUGAUGUUUGUGAAAUUGGAUCACGAGUAGCUAAGCGAGGUGAUGUCGUUCAAGUAAAAAUAUUAGGAACUCUCGCUCUUAUCGAUGAAGGCGAAACUGACUGGAAACUCCUCGCCAUUGACAUUAAUGACCCAGUUGCGGAUCAAAUGGAAGAUGUUCAAGAUAUAGAAAAAUUCUUUCCUGGUCUUUUGAGAGCAUCGGUUGAAUGGUUUCAAUUCUAUAAAGUUCCUGAUGGUAAACCAGAAAACAAAUUUGCUUUCAACAACCAAGCAAAGAAUGCUGCAUUUGCUAAAGCUGUUGUUGAAGAGACUCAUCAAUUCUGGCAACGAUUGGUGUCUAAGGAAGUUGAAAGCAGUAAAAUAUCUUGCUUAAAUGCCACGAACGAAAGUUCAUCAUUUUUAAUUUCUGCUGAACAAGCUGAAGAGUAUUUCGCUAAGGCAUCUGAUGGUGGUGAUGCUGAAGAAGUUAACGAGUCGAUCAACAAAUGGCAUUUUGAACACUUGCAACAAUCAUCGUAAUUAUUUAUUUGGAGUUAAAAAAGAACGUCCUUUUACUUUACCAGUGGAGAAAAGUUGAAUUCUUUUGAAAAAUGAUUUGGCAAAUUCUGAAUUUUUAAAAAAAUCAGAAUUGGUAUUGAAAAAAUAAAUCAAUGAAUGGAAAUUUAUAUCAAUUGUGUUUUGAUUAUCUGCUUUAUGGCAUGUUUUAGCACUUACAUAACAUCAUUAAAAGACGUAAAAUAUGGUGUUGUAAGUCCCAACAUGAAAUCACUUUGUUUAUUAAAAAUCUUCGU